AUGCCAAAAGGAAACGCAGAUCCCCCAGCGUUUCUACUGCGCAAGCAAUGGACCUUAUACAGUGUGACCCCACUGUACAGGUUCUCUGACACUCGCCUGAGGGAUUACUCCAGGCUGCUCAGUGCUUUCAUCGCUGCUGAGAAGCAGAAAGGAUUGGCGGUGGAAGUAGGGGUUGAGCUGGACAUCAAAGUGGUUGUCUCCACCCUUCCAGAACUGAAAGUUAGUGACCAAGACCAGGCUGCGAUUCUCGUGCAGCUUUCUUUGAGAUCACCAGCUUCCCCCAAAAACUCAGAAGAGAAACUGGUAUGGUCGGGCUGGUUCUGCUGUGUGUCUGGAGAUCAUCUUUCUGAGACCGUGCCAGAGGACUUCACUUGUUUACCUCUGUUUCUUGCUAAUGGGGCAGAGUGUUACACAUCGAUUGUUGGAAGUUGGUUUCAGAAGAAUUUUGACUGCUGCUUCCGCCGUUUAACCAUCAGCCCUCUCAAUCUCAGUUGGAUGGCAGCAAUGUGGACUGGAUGCAAAGUGGACAAUACCACAUCUGCCAUGGAACUCGUUUUCUCUGUGCCUCAUCUACCCCAGCGUCUCGAUAUUUCAUAUGCCAUUCAUCCAGAGGAUGCAAAAGCUCUGUGGGACACGGUCCAAAAAACUCCAGGAGAGAUCACUCAAGAAGAGGUGGAUGUUUUUAUGGAUUGCCUUUACUCUCACUUCCACAGACACUUUAAGAUCCACUUGUCAGCUGCAAAACUGGUGAAAGUUUCUACAGCAAUUGCCUCAGCACACUGUGAUGGUAUUAUAAAGUUUCUACAAAGCCAAUACUUAAUUGGAAUGCUGAUGCUACUGACGGAACUAGCAAUCUCUCAGAUACAGUGA